AUGGAGGAUACCCCGAGAACUGAAAUGGAGAAAUCAAGCAGCAUUAUGAGAAGAUCAAUCUUCACUUUCCUUCAAAAUUACCACUUGUUCACUAUAGCACCUGCGCUUCUUGCUUUCCCUUACUCUGUUUCACUUCUUCUUUCGCAAAUCUUCGUUCCACCUUCUUCUUUGCUUCAAUCAAUCCAUGCCCGUCUCGAUGAUCUUUUUCAAGCUUCUGGGUUUCCUUCUUCAUCAGAUUUCUUCACGAUUCUCAGUUUAAAACUUUCCCAAACCAUCUUUUUCUCCGUUUUCGCACUUCCUUUCACGCUCUCUUUCUUCCUCGUAGCCAAGGCCACCGUUAUCGAACUCUGUUUCCGCCAUAGGAGAAGCUCGAAGAAACCUUGUCUGUUUUCAUCGGUUAUUUCACUUUACAGGCCUCUCCUCGAAACCCAAAUCUGUAAUUUCUUGUUAAUCAUCUCAGCGAAUGCAACGGCUUUCUCUGUUUUGUUCUUCGGGUUCAAUUUGAUUGAUGGGUUGGGAUUCUCUUCCCCUAAUUGGCUUCAUCUAAUGUCAGCUUUCGGGGCUGUUUUUUACUCUCUGGUUCUGGCGAAUGCUUUCGUAAUUUCAAACAUUGCAUUGGUUUCAUCGGGAAUGGACAAGUCCGGUGGAUAUCUGUCGAUUCUAAAAGCUUGUGUUGUUAUCAAAGGAAGAACCUCGACUGCUUUAUCAUUGGCUUUGCCUUUAAGUCUCGCAGUGGCGGCCAUUGAAGCACUGUUUCAUUAUCGGAUCGUGAGAGCUUAUGGUAGUGAUGAUUUCAGCUGGUUUUCGAUGGUAUCGGAAGGCAUUUUGAUUGCUUAUUUGUACUCCAUGGUUCUUGUUCUUGACACUGUCGUGAGCUGCUUGUUCUUCGACAGCUGCACAAGAGGUGGUUCGCUAAUGGAGCAUGAAAGUAAAAAUAUUUACAGAAUUGAAAUUGCAGAGGGGAAGAUGAAGAAUGUUGAAGAUCUGCCAUAG